AGUGUUGACCUCAGAGCUGCAAGUCAUGAGCAAGCAGCAGCCGCAUUAAAAAAUGCAGGCCAAGCUGUCACUAUCGUUGCACAAUAUCGACCUGAAGAGUACAGCCGUUUUGAAGCUAAAAUACAUGACUUACGGGAGCAGCUGAUGAGCAGUAGCAUUAGUUCAGGGUCGGGUUCUCUUCGAACUAGCCAGAAGCGGUCCCUCUAUGUCAGAGCCCUUUUUGAUUACGACAAGACUAAAGAUAGCGGCCUUCCCAGUCAAGGAUUGAACUUCAAAUUUGGAGAUAUUCUCCACGUAAUCAACGCUUCAGAUGAUGAGUGGUGGCAAGCCAGGCAGGUCACGGCAGAUGGUGAAAGGGAUGAAGUCGGAGUGAUUCCUAGUAAACGCAGAGUGGAGAAGAAAGAACGAGCCCGGUUAAAGACAGUCAAGUUCAAUUCUAAAGCAAGAGGAGACAAAGGGCAGUCAUUCAAUGACAAGCGUAAAAAGAACCUCUUUUCCCGAAAAUUUCCCUUCUACAAGAACAAGGACCAGAGUGAGCAGGAAACCAGUGAUGCUGACCAGCACGUAACUUCUAAUGCCAGCGAUAGUGAAAGCAGUUACCACGAGUAUGGCUGCUCAAAAGGUGGUCAAGAAGAAUAUGUUUUAUCGUAUGAGCCCGUGAACCAACAAGAAGUUAAUUAUACUCGACCAGUCAUUAUAUUGGGACCCAUGAAAGACAGGGUAAAUGAUGAUUUAAUCUCAGAAUUUCCCGACAAAUUUGGAUCCUGCGUCCCUCAUACAACUAGACCAAAGCGUGACUAUGAGGUGGAUGGAAGAGAUUAUCAUUUUGUGACUUCAAGGGAACAGAUGGAAAAGGACAUCCAGGAACAUAAGUUCAUUGAAGCUGGCCAGUAUAACAACCAUCUGUAUGGAACAAGCGUUCAGUCUGUGCGAGCAGUAGCGGAGAAGGGCAAACAUUGUAUCCUUGAUGUGUCCGGAAAUGCCAUAAAGAGAUUGCAGAUUGCUCAACUUUACCCAAUAUCUAUUUUUAUUAAACCCAAAUCCAUGGAAAAUAUCAUGGAAAUGAAUAAGCGCCUAACAGAAGAACAAGCCAGAAAAACAUUUGAGAGAGCCAUGAAGUUGGAACAGGAAUUCACUGAACAUUUUACAGCCAUUGUACAGGGAGACACGCUGGAGGACAUCUACAACCAGGUGAAGCUGGUCAUAGAAGAGCAGUCUGGUCCUUAUAUCUGGGUCCCAGCAAAAGAGAAAUUAUGAAGAUGGCUUUCCUGUUCCUUUCCCACGGUCUCGUUUCUCUCCCCUGUCCUGGAGUCUCUUGAGUCUCCUCUCACACUGACUCAGACCCCUCACGGUUGGCACCUGUGCCCGUUAUUGACAUCCAGUGUCUCCUUCAUGUUGCAUCAUUGUAUUAUUCUGUGUUACUCUCGGGGUCCGGCCAUUCUUCAGACUGAAGAGGAGUGGCCGGACCAGCUAUCAAGGGUUUGGGGAGAUGCAAAAUUGUGAAAUUCCUUAAUGUUUAAGGGAAAGUUAACUUUCAGAGAUUUUCAGAAAAGCUUUAUAUGCAUUCUUUUCCAGUUUCAGUACAAACGAAGGAAAGGUGGUUUUCACCAGUGACUCAGUGGACCGUGAGCAACAGUGCACGCUUAUUUAAUAGCAUGGUUUGGCCGGCGUCAUAGCUCUCAAGUUCUUUCCUCAGUUGACUUCUGGUAUUAAAGUAAUUAUUUCACUAAAGACAAGAAAGAUAGGGGUUUUAUUUCAAAAUGAAUGUCUGAGUUAACUCAUAAUUUCAGGAGGGCUAUUUGUUAUUCAUGAGAGGUCUUUAUCAUGUGAGCCCUCCCCUAGUCCACUUGCUAGGAAGAACAGUGGUGUGUGCUGUAGUCAGCGUGGGCAGCACUGGUUAGUGUUGUCCAUACAUUUCCUCAUUACAGCUCUGUUGAGGGGUUCAGGGGCUCACCUUUCCACAGACAAGAAAGUUAAUGUGGAGCUGUGAUAAUCAUGUCAGUGGGAAGGUGUCCAGUUCAUAGCCUGAAAUUUUAAUGUAUGCUUAGGGAGGGGGGCAGAUUUUAAUGACUAUUUUACCCACAAUAACUGCCUAUUUUGUUAUAAUAAAAUAUAUAUAAAUAUAUAUAAAACUUUCUUUAACUAAACUCUGUAACUAUGGGAAUUAUUUUCUUUACAUAGUUGCACACACAAACAUAUAUAUAUAUUUAAAAUAUAUUUUUCUUUUGCCACCUACUUCUAACUUUUUGUUUGGUUUUUAAAUUAAGUAUUAAUUGAUGAGACUAUCUUCCUUAAUCAUGUGAACUGAAAGCAAGUGUAUGGUGGUGGUGAGGAAAACCUAGAAAACUAGACUGCAGGUAGACGUGUGAGCAUGUUCUCCUCCUUCCUACAGAAGUUCCAGAGGAUUCCUAGGUUUCCUGUCAGUGUUGUGUGCCUGUCGUGGAGUUUGAUUUGGGUCCUCCGCCUUUCCUUUUAGUUCUCUCUCCUUAGUAGACGAACAAGCUCCACUCUGGAGAUUUCCCAGACAUCAUCUUGUGUAGCUGCGCUGUACUAGAAUUGCACAGGUCUUUACAGCAAACUUGUUAAAUUUUAGUGAGAGGCCGAAUGCCUUCAGAAAUCGGUCUCUCUAGUUCAUUAUUAUCAUCAUUUGGCUUCCCAUUGCUCUUUGGAAUUGUUUAUUCAAUAUGUGGUUUUUUGGCAACCUUGUUAAAAUUUCUUAAAUGAGUACUGGUUUGUAAAAAAAAUUACCAACAUUAUCCAUUCCAUUUAUGAGAAAGAGGAGAACAGCUAAUAAACUUUAUUGUAAAAUCCA